AGUAGUACAGAACUUAUUGUGGACGCGCGCGGGUAUCGCGAGACUUGUCCCAUUAUCAACCUGCUUGACACACAGCAGCGCUGAGUGCAGCCUGCCUUCCCAGGGUCGGACUGGAGCUCAAGAAACGACAAGGAGAAGCGAACAUCUGGCCGCACCAUCAUGAGAGGACAGCGGGGCUCCUAGGCGGAAAGAAGACGACGAUCCGGGCGGGAAUUCGUGUUAUGAAGGAAGAAUGGAGUUCCCAGACCAUAGCCGCCAGUUGCUGCAGUGUCUGAGUCAGCAGCGUCACCAAGGUUUCCUCUGUGACUGCACUGUUCUUGUCGGAGAGGCUCGAUUCAAAGCGCACAGAGCCGUGCUGGCCUCCUGCAGCAUGUACUUCCAUCUCUUCUACAGGGACCAGCUAGACAAAAGGGACGUUGUGCAUCUCAACAGUGACAUUGUGACAGCCCCGGCUUUCAGCCUGCUCCUUGAAUUUAUGUAUGAGGGGAAGUUGGAAUUCAGCACUCUGCCAGUGGAGGAUGUCCUGGCGGCGGCCAGCUACCUCCACAUGUACGACAUAGUGAAAGUGUGCAAAGGUAAGCUGAAAGAUAAGGAACUGUCCUCGCUGGAUGAAAAGAUGGGCGAGGGUUUGGGACUCAGCUGUCUGGACAGAGAGAACUCGUCGGACUGGGAGCUGCACAGUAAGCAGCUCAUUCAGCGACUGCCCCAGACACAGUCUCAGGGGCUUCACAGGGCCCCCCCGGCGGAGGAGUUUGACAUGGACAACAGUGAAGUCAGGCUGGCUGUCACAGAUUGUGAUAGGUCUGCGCAGAGCAGGCAGAAGGCAAACGGUCACUCUGGCAGGUCCCCGGACCUUGUAGGUGUCAAUUAUGUGUCAGCAGAGGCCGAGCCCUACGUUCAAACAGCUGGAAAAACAAAAGCUGAUGUCAGUAGUUCCACCGUAUUGCUGUCCCAGAGGUCCUGGGCUUCAGAUGACAUGGACUGUGCACUGGAUUUGUCUUUCAAGCCUCUGUCUAGCAGAGAUCCCUUACACCCCUCCUACGUCUCGGGACAGCUGGCCCUCGACAGCCAGCAGCAGGGCACUGAGCCACUUGUUAAAGACGAACACGACUUGCUGUCAGAGCAGGAGGACAGUGAGCCGAUGAGCCCUGAGAGCCAGCGCUUUGGGAAUAGUGCCAGGAGCUCAGUGGUGACAGGGUUCGCUGCCCUCUUCCCAGGCAACAACGGCUCCACAGCCGCCCUGCUCUCCCAGGAGGAGGACCUGAUGGACGAGGAGGGGGAGGCCUGCCGGAGGAGGGAGGGCGCCCCGGGCAGGGAGUCGGACGGGAGGGGCCGGCUGCUGGGGGACAGCGAGGAGGAGGAGGAGGACGACCUGGCCUCCUCGGACAUCUCCACCUCCAGCGGGGUGCUCCUGCCCCCCGGGCAACAGGUGUGCGUGUGUCCCCUCUGCAGCAAAGUCUUCCCCAGCCCCCACGUGCUGCAGCUCCACCUCAGCUCGCACUUCCGCGAGAAGGACGGCGCCCGGUCCAAGCUGUCCCCCGACGGCUCGGUCCCCACCUGCAUGCAGUGCAACAAGACCUUCUCGUGCAUGUACACCCUGAAGCGCCACGAGCGCACGCACUCCGGCGAGAAGCCGUACACCUGCGGCCAGUGCGGCAAGAGCUUCCAGUACUCCCACAACUUGAGCCGGCACGCCGUGGUCCACACGCGGGAGAAGCCGCACGCCUGCAAGUGGUGCGAGCGGCGCUUCACGCAGUCGGGGGACCUCUACCGCCACAUCAGGAAGUUUCACUGUGGCCUUGUCAAGACUCUCGCCAUUGGAUAAAACGCCUCCCCACCAGUGCCACGACACACACUCCCAACAGCCCUCCGCGUUAGCACAACUCACCUCGGCAGUUUUUGCUGGAGACAUAUCCGUUGGAUUCUAUCCCGUGUGACGUUUCGCAAGCUAAAAGAUGUAGCAACUUUAAAACUGGAGCUGUUUUCUGAGCUGGACGGUGUGGCGGGCGAGCGCGAGGGUCAGAGACGGCCAGCUGGAGAUGCACGGGCUGCUAAGAUUAACAUGAGCGCUGUGAAACUUGAGCUGGAUCCGUUUCCACAAAGGUGAACAAAUCAGACGAUGCACUUGUUUGUUUCUGUCCCGUUUGUGUCAGUCUGUCGAGUUUAUUCAUGGAGUAUGUCUCCCGAACGAUGAAAAGCAUCCUGUGUUUUGAACCGUAGGUAGACGCGCUCACAAACGUUUAUACAAUCGUCAGAGAGAGCGAGACUUUUUAUUUGUGCACAUGGGAGAUCAGAACCGUCCGUUAGUAGCAAUAUAUGAUUUUUUUUAACACUUAUUAUUAUUCUUAUUAUUUAUUUUGGGGGAUUUCUUUAGUCCCUAACAAGUAAACUAUCAUAAGGCAGCAAAACUAAUGAAGUCUGACUACUGGAAUUAUGAUUUUUUAUUCUAUUUUUUUUCCAUGAAAGAAGAAAUUUGAUUGGGUUUAAAUGAAGGUUUUAUGUUGUUCUGUACGAAGGCCAUCAGAUCACCACAUUGCUUUCUCAGUGUCUUGGCUUUGCGUUCCCAGCUCUGUGCUUGCUAACAUGAGGGCAGGAUGAUGGACUGGCCUUACAUAUGCUACUUCAAACUAGGCUGUAUAAUCAGAAGAGGGAUGGAAAGUAGUUUAUGCUUGUAACUCUGGUGCCUACUGACAUUCUUAACACUUCACCGAGUGUACUUACUAAAACAAGAAUGAGCUGUAAUGCCAUAGAUAUUAUUUCUCUUUAAAAAAAAAACAAAAAAAACAAUCAACAAUCACACUCUCCAUACCAGGCAGAAACAAAGAGCCACGGUUGUUCUUAAUUAAGUAAUUUAAAAGAAUAUAAACCACGCUCUCUUCUGCUGAAUGUUUGAGCGAUGUGGGUUAAAAGCUAAUAGCCGUCACUAAAUGACCUUGUUACUUUCUGGUAUGGUGUAAAGAAGUGGUUUUCAAAGUGUGGGUGCCUUUUCCAAGCAUGAUUCAUUGAAGGAAAUGUAUUAAAUCUGAAGGUAUAAGUGUAAUGGGGAUGGAUGGAAAUGAUAAAAUGUGCAAAACUGUAAACUCUCAAACCAGAUUCUCCAAAUUCAAGUAUAAGAUAACCUUUUUUUUUGCUAACAGCUGUUAAUAAUAUCUAUUAAUUUGAGAAACUUGGAAAGUAACUGCACCUCCAUCCUGCCACACUUUGAAAACCGCUGGCAUGAGGCGUCCAAAACCCUCAGCAGGCAGAGAGGAAACAGACGAGAAGCGGACGUCAAAGCUGUGCCAUUCAGCCAAUUCUACUGACCUUUCCUUCCUUUGGAAUUAACCGUUUUCACGUUGCUUUACUGUAUGUGUGUAAGUUACUACUGACGAAGCCUUUAGCGACGCUGCCCUCGGAGGAGUCUCUGGGCGGGAAGUGGAUUCCCUCUGUCGGUUCACGUAGAUGCUGUAUUGGAUUCUUAACCAGGGGUGUAGUGCUAAACAGUUGAUAUUUUGUCUAAUCUGUCCUGAGAAGACUUGAUCAGAAUUUAUUUAUUAGUUUGACUUGGUUCAGGGUUUACUGUAGGUGUAGUUUCUUAUUUCUACAGGCUUGGAAGCCUUCUUGUGUCUUGCCUAGCGAUCUUGGUACUCAUUAACUGGUGUUUGGGGCUGUCCAUUUUCUCUGUGCAAAUCGAGUUACUGUAACUGUACUUUAAUAUAUUGUGUAGAAACCUCUGCGGAGUAUUCAAGAUUUGUCACAUGGAACAUAGAGAAGCACUUGUUUUUAGCAUGCAUAUAGUUUCAAUACUAUUGUCUAGGCUGCUAUUUCUUACUAUUUGUAUAUUUAAUGUAAAUACAUAUUAUAUUUAUCAAACGGUUUGUUUUCCAUGUUGAGAGAGUCAGGUGUCUUAUUAUUAAGGCUGGAGUCUCUUCCGUUUGGAGUCUUCCCCACCCCUCGGGGGAGUUUUGCUUCUUUUUUUUCCAUAUUCAAGACUUCACCGGACUCCGCCUUCGCUACGAAUCAGAGCAGUUAAUGCUACUCCGACCGCUGUUCCGCCAGAGGAAGCAGCGGUUCACAAGCACAGCCGCACUGACACGGCACUGGCUACCUAUAGGAUGGAGACAAUACAGGCAUUGUCCCCCCCCCUCCACCUCCACCUCCUCCACCUCCACCUCCUCUCACUACUACUACAGCCACCUACUCCCAGGUAGCCCUCAAGGGAUCAUUGUGUAUCUCUCCUCUAGCUGUGGGGAGAAAAGCCAGUUCAAGUCCCUCUUUGCACUUUUCUGUAUUGAAUGGAGCCGUUGGAAUGUGAGAAAUGUAUUGAGAGAGCAAGGAGACUGUAAACAGGUGUAUUGUUUGGAGGCAUCAAAGAAGGACCCCCCCCCCCCCCCCCCCCCCCCCCCCACCUAUCCCAGCACGGGGUGGAUAAACGCCUCAUUGUUCCUCUGCGUGGAGACACGACCAGCGGCGUGCCGCACGUCCGUCACAAGUAUGGAGAAAUCAAUCAAACUACAAUUUUUCCUCAUUUUCUGGGAGAAAAAAAAGUUGUAAUUGGGUAAAAUAUGUCUGGAGGUCAGACGUAGCGGUUCACCAAUAUAGACACUACUAUGUGAUGUUGUCAUUUCUCCAUAUUUGGACGUCUGAUUGCUCGGUCAGUUAUUGUUACAAAAAGGUUUCAUGUCUCAUUUUGAGUGGCUUUCAGUGGCGUCUGGUUAAAAACAACUGGGAAAACAUCGGCUCCUAUGAAGUGUUGUGAUACUUUCAGAUACUGUAUUUUGGAUUUUUCACAUAUUAUAAGCUAAAAUUCAUGAGGUGAAUCUAAAACAUGUCUGUUUCAGUUUUUCUAAAUGAUGCGAGGAAAAAAAAAAAAAAUCACUUUUUUACCCAAAUGCCAGCUUAAGAUUGAAUAAGUUUGAGGCUGACAGCCAUGUGUCUGAGACAUUAGAGGUCAGAUAGCCGUUGAUCAAGUCUUCAUGUCAGGAUAGGCUUUUAUUUUAUUUUAUUUAUUUUUUUUAAUGUUCAUCAAGAAAACUGCUACUGAAAGAAAAAUCACAGGUGAUUAAAUUGUUUCAUUGCUGCUGAAAGAGACCAAGCUGGACUGGAUUCCCUCUCAGAUCGAUCCAUCACUCCGCUCCCUGACCUCAGGAGAGCUCCUGAACCACAAAACACUGCUGCGGUUCACACGCUCCCCCAGGUGACACACAUCAUGAAUAUUUCAAUCAGAACACACAGGAAUGUACUUUUAUUUUUUUUUUUCCAUCACUUCUUUGUUUUUAAAGGAACAUUUCUACAAGGUGCAAGUUGAAGAUUGCUUGAUUCUCUAAUGUACAUGUGUACAGCGGUAGAAAAACUAACGACGUGUAAAGAAUUCUCUGUUUUGUUUUGUUUGAAGUCUUUAUUUAUACCUCCAGGAUGAUCGCCAAAUGUGCCUUAUAGACACACGGAUAGGUGUUGCAUCUGGAGAAGCCCUUUUUUUUUUCUAUCGCGUACCACUUUUGUUUUGUUUCUUAUUUGCCCUCGACUGCGGAGUCGAAGUUCACAUCACGGCGGCGGAUUGUGAAACGACUCACUGACAGUCGUCGACUUUCAAUCAUAUCAAAUCAGUUCAGACAAAAAAAAAGCUAAAAGUCCAUGUAUCAGUGCUGCUCUGCAUGAGAUUACCUUCAGAUUUUAUUUUUUUUCUUUUUUGGGUUGGGGGGGGUUCAGUGAAUAAAUUUCUUCUAGAUGUGUUCAGCUGAAGUCGAGCAUUUUUGAGUUCGGGUUGCCAUCAGCCGAUACUACUGGGAACUAACAGUCCGUUCCUUUUUAAAUGUCACUGUUGAAUGUGAAACAGAGAUUUUGAUUGUUGACUUGAAACAGUGCUACUCUUAAUCGAGGGCUAUGUUCGCCUAACUCAUGCUGUAUGAUCUUUUUACGUCUAAAAAAAAAACAAAAAAACAACAACUGACUUUAUUGAUACUGGAACUUUGUCCUCUGCAGGUUACAACUGUGAAUUUGUGUAUAAUCAUGAGAAAUAUUUAUUAUUGCAAACGCUUCUUGUGCAACAUUUGACUGUCUCGGUUUUGAUUUGGAAAAAAAAAAAAGCUUCUAAAUGUCAAAUGAAGAUCUUUUUAAUAGAAUUUGUAGAAGUGCCAUUAGAAUUUAA